GCCUGCCCUCCUCUACCUUCACCUUACCUUCCUCUUCGGUAUCACCUGAAAGCAAACUGAUGUCAGAUGUGAAAUUACAGGGAGCAUCAUGCCUCUGCCUCGCAGCCUGUCUGUCACUUCCCUUUCUGGCCUAGAUGACUGGACUGAGGAAUUUGACUUGGGAGAUGCCGUUCUCUUUGAAAUUGCCUGGGAGGUGGCAAAUAAAGUGGGGGGGAUCUACACUGUGAUCCAGACCAAAGCCCGGCUCACCUCGGAAGAGUGGGGCGAGAACUACUUCCUGGUUGGGCCUUACAUGGAAAACAGUGUCAGAACCCAAGUGGAGCUUAUUGAACCCACAAACCCUGCCCUGAAGAGGACCAUCGACAACAUGAACUCCAGUGGGUGUAAGCUGUACUUCGGUCGCUGGCUGAUCGAAGGGAGCCCCUACGUGGUGCUCAUUGACGUCGGCUUCACCGCCUGGUCCUUGGACCGCUGGAAGAGCGAGCUGUGGGAGAACUGUGGAAUCGGGGUGCCCUGGUUUGACCGCGAGGCCAACGACGCCGUGCUCUUUGGCUUUCUCACCGCCUGGCUCCUGGGGGAGUAUGCUGCACAGUGCGAGGAGCCUCCCCACAUCCUGGCCCACUUCCACGAGUGGUUGGCAGGCCUAGGCCUGGUGCUGUGCCGACAGAGGCAGCUUCCUGUGGCCACUAUCUUCACAACGCACGCCACCCUGCUGGGUCGCUACCUGUGUGCAGGCAGCGUGGACUUUUACAACAACCUCCACAAAUUCAACGUGGACAAGGAGGCCGGUGACCGGCAGAUCUACCACCGCUACUGUCUAGAAAGAGCUGCGGCCCACUGCGCCCACGUCUUCACCACUGUGUCUCACAUCACUGCCAUCGAGGCCGAGCACCUGCUCAAAAGGAAGCCAGAUGUGGUCACCCCUAACGGGCUGAACGUGAAGAAGUUCUCUGCCUCACAUGAGUUCCAGAACCUUCAUGCCCACAGCAAGGCUCGCAUACAGGAGUUCAUCCGUGGACAUUUCUAUGGACACCUGGACUUUAACCUAGACAAGUCUGUGUUCCUCUUCAUUGCUGGGAGGUAUGAGUUCUCUAACAAAGGAGCUGAUGUCUUUUUGGAGGCGCUUGCUCGGCUGAACUACCUGCUGAGGGUGAACCACAGCGAAGUGACCGUGAUUGCAUUCUUCAUCAUGCCUGCCAGGACAAACAACUUCAAUAUUGAAACGUUGAAGGGACAAGCGGUCAGGAAGCAGCUCUGGGAUACAGCGCAAACCGUGAAAGAGAAGUUUGGAAAGAAGUUAUAUGAAUCUCUACUCGUGGGCCAGUUACCAGAUGUGUCGAAGAUGCUGGAUAAAGAGGAUUUCACCAUGAUGAAGAGGGCCAUCUUUAGCGCCCAGAGACAGUGUCUGCCGCCCAUCUGCACACACAACAUGCUGGAUGACAGCAGCGACCCCAUUCUCAACUGCCUUCGCAGGAUAGGGCUCUUCAACAGCUCCUCGGACAGGGUGAAGGUGAUCUUCCAUCCAGAAUUCCUAUCGUCCACAUCCCCUUUGUUGCCCAUGGAUUACGAGGAGUUUGUGAGGGGUUGCCACCUGGGAGUCUUCCCUUCCUACUAUGAGCCCUGGGGAUACACACCUGCCGAGUGCACCGUGAUGGGGAUCCCCUCGGUCUCCACCAACCUCUCGGGCUUUGGCUGCUUCAUGGAGGAGCACAUCGCUGAUCCCUCUGCCUACGGCGUCUACAUCCUGGACAGGCGGUACCGCAGUGUGGACGAGUCCUGCAGUCAGCUCACCUCCUUCCUGCUGCAGUUCUGCCAGCAGAGCCGGCGCCAGAGGAUCAUCCAGAGAAACCGAACUGAGCGGCUGAGUGACCUCCUGGACUGGCGAUAUCUGGGUCGGUAUUACAUUUCGGCUCGCCACAUGGCCUUGGCGAAAGCCUUCCCUGAGUCUUACUACUACGAACCUCAGGACCCGUCUUCGAAAAAGGGCUUCCGCUACCCCCGACCGGCCUCGGUGCCGCCCUCCCCGGCCCUUUCCCGGCACUCGUCUCCGCACCACAGCGACGACAACGACGACGAUGACGAGCGCUACAAUGAAGACCUGGAGGCGGAGAAGGACCGACUGAACAUUCGGCAACCCCAUUCCCCGCAGUACCGCGACAAGAGCGGCUUGCCGGAUGCCAUCCCGGUCUCUGAUGGCGACGGCACCCCGGCUUCCUCAGCUUCCACCCCCAGCUCUGUCAGUUCUCCCGCAGGUUCCGUCUCCAGCGAGAAGUGAGCUGCCGCCAAAACAUAGGUGUCCUCGGUGCGAAGCACAGCCCCCGCAGAUGCUCUCACACUCACACCCCACACGCAUACCUGCUGGCACAUGACUCAGUGAUUGGAUCGCCGUUUCAGAGCACAUGGGUAUUGCAGUGCGUUGCACCAGCUCACCCAGGGACACACACUCGCUAAACACUGUAGCAGGCAGUGGGUGUCGACGAGGAAGAGUAAGGAUGAGGUCCGGGGGGAUUUGUGAGGACGCCUGGUACCCGCUACGAAGGGCUCGACGGCCGACGUUCGGUUCUCAGGGGAAUGCGAUGAGUUCGAAACUUUACUCCAUAAGAAAUAAGAAAUGCUAAGACUAAAUGUCUAUAUAUAUGAUUUACUGGAUUUUUGAGCCACUUUAUGGAUUUGAGCAGAAUUUAAUUCACUACAAAUGACAUACCUAUACAUAUUUGAGAAAAAAAAAACAAAAAAUUGAAAUAGUACUGUCAGAACUGUGGUAAAUGGAGCCAGGUCUUCUAAGAAAUUGUUUGUCCAACUGCAUGAGGGGAAAAGAAGAGGAUUUUCACAGUGACUGUGUGAGGAUAAUCACCCACCCCCACCCCCCGUGUCUUUAUUUUACAUGUAGGUUAAAGAAUAGGAAAUGUGAACUGCAAGCUGUAAACCUGGUCCCUUUACAUGUCGAUGUGUCCUUGACGUGUCAGGGUGGCGACACUCAGCUGAGUGAUGCGUGAAUUAGUGACACCAGCAAUGGGGACACCCAGAUCGCAGGAGGAACGACAGAUGUUGAAUAUUCUAGCGGUAAAUUAAAAUGUGUAUUUGGCAGUGGAGGGAGGAAAGGAGAUUAAAUGUGCAAUGGCAGGUUUUAGGAGGAGGACACUUUCUACUGUGCUAUUAUUAUGGGUGAAAUUAGUCCUGUUUGCCUUUUUGUGAUCCGUGUGAAGUUUAAAAAAAUAAAAUGUAUGCAGUUUUAAAGAUACAAA